UCACUAUCAGUCCCUUCACUUUCUUUUUCUCUAGGCACUUUGCUACAACACCUAUAAGUGACUUUUAACUAUUCAGUUUGAUUCCUUAAAAGCUGUGCAUGAAUCCGCUUUUUUUUGCCUUGUUUUUUCUUUUAACUGAAUUGUAGGAUCAGACUUAGAUGUCUGAUCGGAAAAGUGGGUUUAUGGCAGAUCAACUAUCAAUGACAACCUCAAUUUUUGGUUUGCGUUUAUGGGUAGUUCUUGGAGUCUGUGUAGGAGCAGCCUUUGUUCUCCUUCUUUUCGUCAUUUCUCUUUGGCUUGCUUCAAAACGAACUAAACACAAAGCUUCUUCAAAACCAAGAAUCCCAGUUGUUUCCAAAGAGAUCCAGGAGAUCAAAAUCGACCCUCCAAAGCCUCAGAUGACUCGAAUUCUAGCUGACCCUUAUCCUGACACUGACCCAGGUACAGGCAUUGAAAGACAAGCCUUGCUUCUGCCUCUGGAAGAGGAGAGUCCGACUGGUUAUCAUGGAAUUCACAUUGAGAUUGGGAAAGAUCAUAGAAUUUCGUAUCCAGGGUUGUCUCCAAAUACGAGUGGCGAGGCACGUGGUGAUUACGUGGCAGGAGUGGUGCCUGAAGUUUCACAUUUGGGAUGGGGGCAUUGGUUUACUUUGAGGGAGCUUGAGGUUUCGACAAAUGGAUUUGCUCCUGAAAAAGUAAUAGGUGAGGGUGGGUAUGGAAUUGUUUACCAUGGUGUUUUGGAGGAUAACACUCAGAUUGCUGUUAAGAACUUGCUCAAUAACAGGGGACAAGCUGAAAAGGAGUUUAAAGUUGAAGUAGAGGCAAUUGGACGAGUUAGGCAUAAGAAUUUAGUAAGGUUGCUGGGUUACUGUGCUGAAGGAGCUCACAGGAUGCUCGUGUACGAGUAUCUAAAUAAUGGAAAUUUAGAGCAGUGGCUUCAUGGAGAUGUAGGGCCUUGCAGUCCUCUUACUUGGGAUAUUCGGAUGAAUAUAAUCCUGGGAACAGCAAAAGGGUUAACAUACCUUCAUGAGGGACUUGAACCUAAAGUUGUUCACCGUGAUAUUAAAUCAAGCAACAUCCUACUUGACAAGCGGUGGAACCCCAAGGUUUCAGACUUUGGCCUAGCCAAACUCUUGGGCUCUGAGAGCAGCUACAUUACAACUAGAGUCAUGGGAACAUUUGGCUAUGUAGCUCCUGAAUAUGCUAGCACUGGCAUGUUGAAUGAAAGAAGUGAUGUGUAUAGUUUUGGGAUUCUUAUUAUGGAAAUUAUCACUGGGAGGAAUCCAGUUGAUUAUAGCCGGCCUCCAGAAGAGGUGAACUUGAUUGAGUGGCUUAAGAAGAUGGUUGCUAACAGGAACCCAGAGGGAGUAUUGGAUCCCAAGCUACCUGAGAAGCCUACUUCAAGAGCAUUGAAGCGAGCUCUACUUGUAGCUUUACGUUGUGUGGACCCAAAUGCACAAAAACGACCUAAGAUGGGCUAUGUUGUACAUAUGCUUGAAGCUGAAGAAACCCCCUUCAAGGAUGAUUGUAGAACUAGAAGGGAUGCAGGAGCAGAACAGGCACAUCACGACUAUCCAAAGACUGAGUUGGUAGAGAAAAGGGUGGCAGAGUCUGGUGGCUCUGAAGGUGCAGAACAUGUUAAUGAUGCAUAAUGGUGGGUUGGUGACAUCAGGAAUGUGAAGAAGAAAAGCACUGGAUAUAUGCUGAAAUUGUUUGAGGUGAAUUGCACAUACUAAGUUCCUUGUUCCACAUUUUGCAAUGCCAAUUACAUGAUCCAUUUCCCUUUUUGUCCCGUUGCUCCACUAUGUUGACUUGUAUGUGGCAUCUAUUCUUAAUUACAGCUGUGAUAUAACUUUCUAAAAAGGGUCCAAAUCAAGUUGUUUUUGUCAAUUUGUUUUCUAGGAGAGGCGUUGAACAUUAAGAUUUGUCAUGUAAUUCAGAAU